UCGAUAUUUCUGGGACCCAUCCCUAGCGACCGGUCAUAAAACUCUGCUAAUCUGGCCGACUGGGUGAACCAUUCAAUCCGACGAUUAGAUUGCUUGUGAAAUGGGCGGUGCACGGAACCUUUUGUUGCUCUCCUCGUCGCGUUUGUACGGCUAUGGAUAUUUGGAGCACGCGCGUGGCCAGCUGGAGGAUCUCUUCAAGAGUGCCAACGUGAAGACGGUGCUCUUUGUGCCCUACGCUCUGCGGGAUCACGACAAGUACACGGCCACCGUGCGGGAUGCCCUGGAGCCGUGGGGCUACCAAGUGGAGGGGCUGCACACGAAACAGGAUCGAGAGGAGGCUCUGAAGGAGGCGCAGGCCAUCUUCGUGGGCGGCGGCAACACCUUCGUCCUGCUGCGCACCCUCUACGAGCUGAAGCUGAUCGAUCCCAUCCGGGAACUGGUCCUCCGGCGCGGACUGCCCUAUGUGGGCAGCAGUGCGGGCACCAAUGUGGCCACCCGGUCCAUCCACACCACCAACGACAUGCCGGUGGCCUAUCCGCCGACCUUCGAGGCCCUGGCCCUCGUGCCCUUCAACAUCAAUCCGCACUAUCUGGAUCCGGAGGCGGGCAGCCAUCACAAGGGCGAGACGCGGGACGAGCGGAUCGAGGAGUUCGUGGCCUACCACCGUCUUCCCGUCCUGGGUCUUCGCGAGGGCACCAGUGUCCGGGUUGAGGGCCAGAAGGCCACGCUCCUCGGCGAUCGCAAUGCCAAGCUCUUCAAGGCUGAUGGCGGCGCCGAAGAACUAACUCCCCAAGCGGAUCUCAGCUUCCUGCUGCACAAAUAAGAAUAAAUCCAACCCAAAACAAUCCAGUUGAAGAAAAAAGAAAACAUUUAAAUUUAUUGUACAUAUGCACAUACAUAAUUUGUAUUAUUCUGCAAUAACAACAAUUCCUACACGUAAACAGUA